AGGCAGGUGUGGGCGGAUGAGGGAGCAAGGGAGAAUAGGGUUAUGGCGGUCGGAGACAGUAUGAAGAGACACGGGCUCGGACCUGCUGGUUCUGGGUGCCCUUGCCACACUCAGCCGGCUCUUCUGCCCCCAGCACUGCGGAAGGCGCGAAGGGAGCAGCAGCUGGUCAGCAAGAGGCUUCUGAGAGACGACGCCCAGGAGGAAGCCAGAGGGGGAUGUGUGGCGGAGAUCCUCGGGGAAGCCGAGGUCCAGCAGUUCCUGCAGCUAGCCCAGCGGGGGACAGAGGAAAAGGAGAGAGAGAAGGCUCUGGUUAGCCUUCGUCGAGGCUUGCAGCACCCUGAAACGCAGCAAACUUUCAUCCGGCUGGAGGGCAGCAUGCGGACCCUGGUCGGGCUUCUGACCAGCAACCAGGCCCUGCUGCAGCUUGAGGCGGCUCGGUGCCUUCAUGAGCUGUCUCAUUCUGAGCAGUCUGCGGUGGCUGAGGCCUGCUUGCCAGCCACUUCCUAUCUCCUCACCUACCUCUCCGGUCACAGCUCAGACUUCAUAGAGCUGUGUCUAUAUACAUUGGGUAACCUGAUCGUGGAGAGUGAGGCUGUGAGAAGGCAGCUCCUGCCACAGGGCAUUGUUCCAGCCUUGGCUGCCUGCAUCCUGUCACCCCAUGUGGCUGUGUUGGAAGCCCUUGGAUAUGCCUUGUCCCAACUUCUGCAGGCUAAAGAGGCUCCAGAGAAGAUCGUUCCGAAGGGCUUUGGUUUGGAUAGAGUCCCACCUAUCAGGGUGUGGGAAGAGACACUGGCAUCUUUGAAGAUUCCUACUCACAGCCCGGCUUCUGCUGGCAGUUCCAUCCUGGGCUCCACUCUCCCCCAGCACAUGCUGCGAUUGUUGCAACCUGGCCCGAAGCUGAACCUUGGGGUUGCUGUGGAGUUUGCCUGGUGUCUUCACUACAUCACCUGCAGCCAGGUGAACAAUGCCCUGCUUAUCACCCAUGGGGGUCUGUCCACUCUGGGGCUGCUGCUGUUGGACUUGGCUGGGGCUGUCCAGAGAACUGAGGAUGCAGGACUGGAGCUGCUGGCAUGCCCUGUGCUUCGGUGUCUAAGCAACCUGCUAACGGAGCCAGCAGAAGAGGCUGUGGGAGGGCCAUUGCAGCUGGGAGAUGAGCGUAUUGUGGCAGCCUUAUUUAUCCUUCUGCAGUUCUUCCUCCAAAAACAGCCUGGCCUGCUUCCUGAGGGCCUCUGGUUCCUCAACAACCUCACUGCAAACAGUCCUAGUUUCUGUACUUCUUUGCUGUCCCUGGAUCUGAUUGAGCCUCUCUUGCAGCUGUUGCCAGUAUCUAAUGUAGUGAGCGUAAUGGUGCUCACGGUUCUAUGCAACAUUGCAGAGAAGGGUCCUGCUUACUGCCAGCGGAUGUGGCCAGGUCACCUGCUCCCCUCCUUGCUGAACACACUGGCUUUCUCUGACACUGAAGUAGUAGGCCAGAGUUUGGAGCUGCUGCAGUUGCUGUUCCUUUAUCAGCCAGAGGCCACUCAGGCCUUCCUGCAGCAAUCAGGGCUGCAGGCCCUGGAAAGGCACCAGAAGGAGGCACAGCUCCAGGAUCGUGUGCAUGCUCUCCGGCAGACAGCUCUUCAAUGACCUGGCUUCUUAACAUUAUUAAUUCCCCUCCUCCCAUCACCUUGCCUCCCACCCCCCACAGCCUCUUUGGCCAUUUUCUCUUACGAGACGGUGGAGCCUUUGGGGGUUUAGAACCAUAAUGAAGUCCCAUGCUCUCUGCUUCCACACCUAAGCCUAAUCCAAGACCUUUGGACCCCAGCUCCUCUUUCACCCAGCACUGUUCAGGCAGGAGGACCAAAGGGAACUCAGUGUUUGGGCUAGCUAUUCUGGGGCCCUGGAAUCUUCCCCCGUUCCUCCUUUUUUUUUUUUUUGCUUUAGCAGGUGGUAGUUUUCGAUGAGACAGAAUAAAUUUUAUUUUUAUAUUAAA